AUGUCGUCCUCUGUUCAUUUCAAGUUCAAAUCGCAGAAAGAGCCCUCCCGGGUUACCUUUGAUGGCACUGGUAUUUCGGUCUUUGAGCUCAAGCGGGAAAUCAUCAACCAGAGUAAAUUGGGAGAUGGAUCUGAUUUCGAGUUGGAAGUCUACGCGGAGGACACUGGAGAAGCAUACGACGAUGACACAACCAUAAUCCCACGAUCUACCUCGGUGAUUGCACGCCGACUGCCGGCCGCACGACCGGGAAAAGGUGGCGCAGCUCGCUAUGUGUCUGGCAAGAUGCCCGUGAAUGCGCGUAAUGCCUCGCGAAUCGAACCUUCGUUGACCCGGGCUGCGCCGGGUCUUGGUGGAUCGGUGACCAACAACGUGUUGGAGCUCAACAAUGCGCAGACUGAGGAUGAGAAGAUCAAUGCCCUUUUCAACUUGCAGGCCAGUCAAUGGAAGGAGCAGCAGCAAGAAAUGGCCAAUGCCACUCCUGUGCCCUUCGGACGAGGCCGAGGCAAGCCUGUCAACGUCCCUGACCACCCUCCGCCUCCUGGCGAAAGCUCCCUUUUCCCUUUUUUCCCCAAAGACACAAUGCUGAUCUCUUCGUCUUCAGGUCACUGGAUUCAAGCAUGUCCGACCAAUAACGACCCCAAGUUUGAUGGCAAAUAUCGGGUCAAAAGGUCAACAGGCAUUCCCCGGUCAUUGCAAACCAAGGUCGACAAGCCUGAUUCUAUGGCAUCCGACGGAACUGGCGACGACUCGCGCAACACCGGCGUCAUGGUAAACGCCGAUGGAGACUUUGUCGUGGCACGCCCCGACAAGGCUGCGUGGGAGUUGUAUCAAGAGAAAGCCAAGGCCUCGGCAGCGGCAGCUGCUGAAGCCGCUGCGGCCGAAGAGAGCAAGGAGUUGCAAGCUCGCGGUCUAGAAUGCCCGAUCGACAAGAGGAUGUUCUUAGAGCCUACCAAGACCCCCUGUUGUCAAAGAACAUAUUGCAAUGAUUGUAUCUCCAAUGCUCUGAUUGAAAGUGACUUUGUCUGUCCCGGAUGUUCAACUGAAGGAGUUUUGCUGGAUAACUUGACUCCCGAUGACGAUGCGGUUGCCAAAAUUAAAGCUUAUGAAGCUGAAAAGACCGAGGCUAAGAAGGAGAAGGAAAAGCAGGCCAACAUGCCCGCGUCGCCGAACGGUUCUACCGCGAACGGCGUGACUGCCAAUGGACACGACUCACCAAAGCUAUCUCUCGUGAAAGAGCGAUCUCCAUCUCAGCAGCCCGGAGAUUCCACUCCUAAGCAGGGCCAGAAGAGAUCUGCCGAGGACGAGCCUGUUCGUCAUCAGACGCAUAGCCCCGGCAAUGUAUCCAAGAAGCAGAAAAGUGACGACCACUCGGACACGGCCACUCCCAGGACCACCAGUGCUACCACCACCGCCGCCGCUAUUCCUUCAACCUCGAACGGAGUCUCAAAGGAGAACAAUGGCUCCACCCCCAACCCAAACAUGCCGUUCAACCCGCAGAUGCCCUUUGGCGAUUUCAACAACAUGAUGCCUGGUUUCCCCAAUGGCGGCUUUGACCCCAAUGGAAUGCCCUUCAUGAAUCCCAUGGGCAUGCCAAACGGCUUCCCCAACCAGAUGGGCCCUGGGUGGAAUCCUAUGAAUAUGCCUUUCCCGCCUAUGCAGGGCAACAUGUUUGGAAACCAGAACGCAGGCUUCCCCCCCAUGUUCAAUGGUGAUCCCUCAAUGAUCUUCGGGAUGGGCGGCAUGGGCAACAUGGGCAACAUGGGCAACAUGGGCAACAUGGCCAACAUGGGCAACAUGGGUGGAGGCAUGCCGAAUCAGAACAACGGCUUCUCGAACCAACCGAUGAACAACUUCGCCAACCAACAGCGUACAGCAUUCAGCGGGCCAUACUCUCGUGAAGAAGACUCUCCCUAUUUCCGACAACCCGUGAACCCGCAACGACACCAGGCGCGGAAUCGACGUGUUCGACCAAGCGACUAUCGCGAGUUGUAG